AUGUCGAACAACACAAGUACGGAACCAGGUAUACUUCCACAAGAAGCGCCUACAACGGCAACUUCUUCCACCUCGGCGAGCUCAAGUAGCCAAACGACAGUUAGCAGUCAAACAUCUGUAUCUACUCACGAACCAAGCACGUCUCCUAUUAUAGUACCCGUAAACUCACCUACGACUGCUCCUGCCCCUGAGCAAAAUCCUGCACCCAACACAUCCCCUCAGUCACCAAGCCCAGCACCACCUCAACAGACUGAUCAACCAAGCAAACCUGACCAACCAAGUAAACCAGAGGAGCCAGAUCAGCCUGGAAAACCAGCCGAACAGCCUCAUAGUACCACAUCUAUUGUAAUAUCAAAUUCUCCAACUGCCACGGCAAACACAAAUGCACCUUCUGUUCCAGAAUCCUCUGUUCUUGUAACUGUUACUCUCAGUCCUACGGCGCCAGGUGCUCCAACGGUCGUCACAGUUUUUCAGACAUCAACUCACAUAGCUAGUCCUAAUUCCCCUACUCACUUAUCAAUAUCCAGCUCUUCAUUAGCGACACCAUCAGCUGGCCUCCAACACAGUUCAUCCUCGACACCCAACGGAGGUGGAAUAAAAGGAGGCGGAAAAAUUGCUGUGGCCGUCAUUGUCCCUAUCUUAGCCUUAACACUUCUCGCGCUAGCAGCCACAUUUUUUUGGCGGCACAGAAGACAACGUAAGGAUGCCGAAGAACUUCGCCGGAAGGAAGUAGAAGAAUAUGGUUAUAAUCCUAACCACGACCCAACGUUUCCAGUGCUUGGCCCAUCGGGGAGCGAUGGACCAGCGGAGAUGCGAGAAGGCAUUGCCGGAUAUCGAGGGUGGGGAACUACUGCCAUUCCUGGGAGGCAGAUCUCCUCGACAAUGUCUGCAGGUCGUAUGACCUCUGAUGGCAUCGGACUGGCCUAUUCCGAAGGAGAGUCCCCAACACACGGUACUAUGUCAGAUACCAGGUCAGAGAACGCUCUGAUAUACGAUCGACCUACAUCGAGCAGCGACAAAGAACCACUUGGAGCCUUGGGACCAGCGGUGAAUGCAAAUGUAAAUGCUAAUAUUAAUCGCGGUCCGUCCAACGCUUCAUCAUCGUAUAGUAUUACGAAUAAAUCUGAUGGGUCUGGGGAUGGAAGUAAGGAAUUUUAUAACAUCCAGAAUAUGCAGGGAAAUAUUUAUCCGGGUGAAUCGACCAGUGGUCGAGCUGAAAUGGCAGCUCAGCCAGUUAUUCGCGAUGUAUCCGCCCGAAGAAAUACUCGAAUAGAGAGUCCAUCGCACUUUCCCCAACAAUCAGCUGGAAUUUCACAAAAUUUCUAA